GUGAGGAGCUGAGGCUGGAGCUGCAGAGGGGCUGGAGCUGCGGAAAGGAGCGGAUUGGUGGCUGCAGCGGAUGCCGGGUACCUGCAGCCGGAGUGCGGGCUGGAUGAGAGACAGGAGUCGGGGGUCCUCCGGUUGACUGAACGGGAAGGUUUAUAUUAGCGCUAGUCGUGGUUCCUAGUGUCCGGUGCGCACCCCCACCCCACACACACACACACACAUCCACACACGUCUUAAGAACAGCGGGAGAUGCAUUACGUCAUAGCCUCCCCCCGUCCUAGAUGACCGCGUGCGCAGGACGGGAUGAUUCAGGGCUGCUGGACUAGAACGGGUAAGGAUUCUACUGCUGCUCGCGAGCGCCCGGUGGCGGUGUCCCGACUGGACGAGGAAGAAGGGGAUCCGCCGUCGCGCGGCCACUGGCUCUGAUGGCUCCUUGCGCCCCGAGCGGGAAAGAGACACAGCAGUCGCCGCUGCGCGAGAGCGAAGGGGACAGCAGGUAUCUGGGAAGUGACGUGAAAUCCGCGCCCCGCGAGAAAGCACCACGGUGCGGUUGUCGUGCAUUUCGCAGGAGGGCAGGAGCGGGAAGGGGAACAUGGCCGCGCAGUCGGACGGCAGCAAAGCCGGGGUCGGGUACGGCAGCGGCGGUUUCGCGCAGCUGUACGAUGUUGACGGCGAGGAGCCGAUGGACUCCGCCGCGAUCCACAUCUGCCAGUGCUGCCGCACCUCCGCUUGCUACUGGGGCUGCCGCUCAGCCUGCCUCGGCUCUCUCGGCGGGGUCCAGCACGCAGGAGGGCUCGGUAUCCGGGAGACUCACUGCCCGCCCCGCGAGCAGCUGUGGCUGGACUGCCUCUGGAUCAUCUUUGCCCUCAUCGUCUUCUUCUGGGACGUUGGUACGGACCUGUGCCUGGCGAACGAGUACUACCAGAGGCAGGACUACCUCUGGUUCGGCCUCACGCUCUUCUUUGUGCUGGUGCCGUCCGUGCUGGUGCAGAUUCUGAGCUUUCGCUGGUUCGUGCAGGACUACACCGGCGGGGGGCUCGGGGAGGUGGAGGGGCUGACCAAGCGGGGCGCGGUGGCUCUGGGGUGCCUGUAUCCUGGCAGGGACCGCCUGCAGCUGGCCACCAUCUGGCUGUGGCAGGCCACCAUACACAUCCUCCAGCUGGGACAAGUGUGGAGGUACAUCAGGACUCUGUACCUGGGCAUCAUGUCGCGUCGGCAGAAGGAGCACCAGCGGCGCUGGUACUGGGCCAUGAUGUUCGAGUACGCGGACGUCAACAUGCUGCGGCUGCUGGAGACCUUCCUGGAGUCCGCACCUCAGCUGGUCCUGCAGCUCUGCAUCAUGAUCCAGGAGAACCGGGCCGAGACGCUGCAGUGCAUCUCCUCGCUGGGCUCCCUCCUGUCUCUCGCUUGGGUCCUGGCCUCCUACCACAAGCUGCUGCGGGAUUCCCGUGACGACCAGCGCAGCAUGAGCUACCGCGGGGCGCUGCUGCACCUCUUCUGGCGCCUCUUCACCAUCUCGUCACGCGUCCUCUCGCUCGCCCUCUUCGCCUCCCUCUUCCACAUCUACUUCGGCAUCUUUGUUGUGGUCCACUGGUGCGCCAUGGCCUUCUGGGUGGUGCACGGAGGCACCGACUUCUGCAUGUCCAAGUGGGAGGAGGUGCUCUUCAACAUGGUGGUCGGCAUCGUCUACAUCUUCUGCUGGUUCAACGUGAAGGAGGGCCGGACGCGGUACAGAAUGGUGGCGUACUACAUUGUGGUGUUGGCCGAGAACACCAUCCUGACUGGACUGUGGUACACCUAUAGGGACCCAGUGUUGACUGACUCCUACGCCGUCCCAGCGCUGUGUGGCGUCUACCUGACGUUCGCCGGCGGCGUCCUGGUCAUGCUGCUGUACUACGGCUUCCUGCACCCCGCCACCUCCCACCUCCAGCCGAGCCCCGCCUCGUCCUGCUGCGCCCAGCUGCUCUGGGGUCUCCCCCUCCCCCCGUCGGCCCCGCCCACCGCCCCGCCCACCCCGGCCCACAUGGCCAAGUCCGAGACGGACGAGGAUGUGGCCGAGACGUGUCUUCCCGUCUUCCAGGUGAGGUCGGCGCCCAUCCUCACCUCCAAGGCCGAGGGCCCGCUCAUAAAAAUCGACAUGCCCAGGAAGCGUUACCCAGCGUGGGACGCACACUACGUAGACAGGCGCCUGCGGAGGACUAUAAACAUCCUGCAGUACAUAACGCCGGCCGCUGUGGGCAUUCGCUACCGUGACGGACCCCUGCUGUAUGAACUGUUGCAGUAUGAGUCCUCAUUCUGACACACACAAGUCAACACACAAACAUCAGCACACAUAAGCACAUGUGCACCCUAAAAAAACAUGUACGUACACAUGGAUGUUCAGAUUUAGAGAAGAUUCAGACGCACAACAUCGUACUUGAUGUAAGCACACAGACAUAAAAGUAAUCAGUCACACUUUUAUGCACACACACACACACACAUAUUCACACACAUUCCUUGCGGGCACCACAACCUGCGAGUCCCAUUGCCAUGACUCAACAAGCUGCUUCAGCGCGAGUCCAUCUCCUUCCUUGCUCAUCCUUCUGACGCUCUAUUUCCAACUCCUCUGUCCACUCUUCAUCUGGUCUCAGUGAAUUAAUACCACACGUUCGUGCUGAGCUGUGAACUAAAAAUAGAAAAAGGAGCGCGGCUUCACAUAGGAGUCUUGGACCACCGCAUGCCGUUUACGUUGUGUCGCUCGCACUUCCACGGGUUUCAGUAGAAUAAAAAGGUGUGACACAAAGUAAGAACGUCACUAAGGAAUUUGUGAACAUGUCGUCGUUAGUCUAGUCAAAAGGUAGUGUAUAUAUUUUCUAUGUAUAGAAGGGAUGUUUUUUAUGUACCGUGACGUUGUUGUCGACUGGGGACAAAGCAGUUGGACAAAUCGUUUUUGGAGGUAUGUUGACAAGGUUAUCAGGGAGAGUAGCAGAGCAUGAUGGGAAAGAUGGAGACAGAGACACACACUCAAGCAAAUUCCAAAUUUCACUCAAAGUUUGCGCUACAGGAAUGGUUUGACAUUUUAGGAAAUACACAUAUUUGUUUACUUGCCAGAGUUAGUUAUGUUUCGCUCUCAUGUCUGCACCGUAAACAUGGAGCUGGAGUCAGGAGUCCAUUAGCAGAGCUGAGGGAAUCAGCUAGCUUUGCUAUGUUUGAAAUUAAAGAAAGGAGAGGUAUCAUCCCUCAGCCAGAAAGACAAUAAGCGCAUUUUCUAAAACUAUUUCUUUAAGAAUGCUAACACUAAAGCAUACACGAUACAUGACGACAGUUAGCAACAUUAACUCCAAAAGUGAGAACAGGAGAAGUCAAAGCAGCUCAAAAUAAGACCUCUAAAACAAUGUCAUGUUCCUGUUUCUGAAUGGCUGUCAAUGUGAAACUGUGCAAAUAAAAAUGUUCUGUGCCAAAAAAAAAACUUGCUACAUCGGCUAAACUCAGUGAGAUAGCUGAGAUAUUAGCUGAGACAGCUUUAAACGUUACCAAUCUACAGGCCACGUGUUAAAGAAAUUAUCUUUUUAUUGCCAAGAGGACUGUUACUCUCUCUCACACUCACAAGCGUGUAUGCUAUGGUGUUAGCAUGGAACGAGAGCUAAAUAUGAUAUUAAUGCUACCGUUCUUAUGGAGACUCCAAAAUGUUCCAGUUUUAAAGUGAAACAGAAGAAUCCCAAAAAACACAGUGGCACCAUCAUCUUACAGAUGAAUUCCCAUGUUGGCGGAAUACGUGUGACAGGCUGCUGAGGUUUUCAGUGUUACUUAUGUAUGGUUAUAUCAUAAAUAUUCCCCAAUGCAAGAGGCAUAAGGCAGCACAUACUAACAAGUAUGCCAUCUAGGGGUCUAACAGUUCAUCUCCAUCAUUCCCUGUUAUGUCGGGAGGUUAGAUUUUCUUCAGCUACUCUGUCGGUUUACCUUGCUAGGUAAUGCAAGGCUAAUUACUUUUGAACUGUGUCUACCACAUUUUCGUGUGAAGUCUUAAUUAUGUUGGUCUCACGCUAACAGGGUGCUGCCACUGAAGCUGACACAAAACAGUUUUGGUCGUUAAUCGUCACAACCCUCUCAAUGACUCGUCUCCUACUGUAACGAGUCCAAUAUCAACUCCUCCGAAGCCACCCACGGCUGAGCUGUGAUGUGUGGCUCAUUAUUUAUUUCUUUGGUUUGUUUAUCCCUGUGAUCCAAGCUGCUACAUUGGCAGGCGACAAAGCACGAGAUGUCGGUCAUCAGUCCGUCGACGGGGGACGUUGCUUCCCAAACCACACGCCAUCAGGGGGGCCGCCUCGACACCGGGCGAGUAGACACAAGCGUUUGGAAUGCGGCAAAAGUUUUUUUUGCCGUCCAAAACGCGCCGCGCCUUUUCUCCAGUCCCAUGUCAGUGGUAGGGCAGGUGAAACACAGCCAUGUGACGCUUUCAGAUGGUGCGGUUAGAAAAGAUGAACACUCACAGGCUUCUUGUUAUUAUUAGCUGCUGUCCAAGAGGAUCGAGAAUGUGAAAGAGAAAGAUGUUGCAUUUGAGAGCGGGUAAAGAGAGUUAAAAAAAGGGGGACGUCAACAUUUUCAGGUGCUUAUUUUUCUUUUGUCAAGGUGUGUCAAAUUGUAGGAAAGAAAUCGUGUUGAAAGCAAAUUUGUUUUAAAUCAGUAAAAUUGACCGUUAUAUAAAAUGUUUUUUUCAUGCUGAAACAAAUACUUGAGUAGUUGAUUGACAGAAAGUUAUCUGACAACAAUUAAUAUAAUAUAAUGAUUAAAUAAAUCAGUAAUCAAGCAAAAAUUUAGAUUAUAAAUACACUUACAGGCAGGAAACCUAAAGUCCAAAACCAGGUAGAGGUUCCAGGCAAUAGGAUUACAGGGUACAGGGAUCAGAGACUUAGAAGCAAAUGGCGAGAAACAACAAAGCAACUUUGAUGGUCUGGCAGGGAACGAACUGAGAUGCUGAUGAGGAAAGUGGGAACAGAUGUGUAGAUGGGUGAUGACCUUUUUAAAAUUUGGGACCAGUGGUUCCCACCAAUCUUUACGGAUCAUGAUCAUCUAGAAGAGCACUCGACCAAUUUAGCAUUGCACUCUUAACAUUGUCGGACUAACGGUGGAUAAAAAAAAAAAAUUGAUACCGUUUCUUAUCAAAACCUGCCGCCUACAUUAUCCACAAUGCAACUCACCUACCAACACUUCGGUGUGUGAUGCUAGUAGAGGCUAAUUUCCUCGAGCUGCUAGCCUCAAUCAGAGAUCAGGAGUAGGCUGUAGAGGGGAUCAUUUUAAUUUUCAAACCUGUAGUUAGCCUCAGCCCCAACCGACCCUGACUCAAGUGACAUCACUUGAGGCAAUCUAUCAGUAGGACCCCCCAAGACAAAAAACAGACUUUGAUUGAGUACGGCCCUCUGUUAAGGACUAAAUAAUGAAUCCAAAAAAUGCUCAACAGAUUAAUGAACCAUGAAAAUAAUAAUUUGUAGCAGCCGUGUCAUUUUUCAGCCAAACGUUUAAAAAAAAAAAGGAGACUAACACCAAAAAAUGUUGACGUAUCCCUUUAAGUUAGACCAACGUGAACGAACAGUGAGCUUACAUUAUUUUUCUGUGGUGCUAUAGCCGAUUUACAAAAAAACCCAACAACAAACAGGACAAAUCAGUUAAUUUGCUGCCAACCAGAUUCAGUAGGUGCGAACGCGCAGCAGAAGCAGCAGCAUCGGUGUUCAUAUGGUGCAACGAGCUACGGAGUCAAUUGGCUGCUAAUCCCACUUCAUAUGGUGCAAAUACGAAAAACACACACACACACCACACACGUACUUAUGGUGCAAUAAGGGCAGAUUGUCUCUUUGAAUUCUAUGGUGCAACUUGAGUACUGCCUUCAGUUGUCCGCCAAGGCUGUGCCAAAAGGCUCUGUCCGAACGGACAACUGCUCUUCCCGGUUCCUGCAGAAGCUAUGCAAGUCUCCGACGCUAGGAGAAGUGCUUCGUGUACACGCUCACAACACACAGGGUCCCCCCCCCCCCCCACACACACACACACACACACACAGCAGGGAGAUAUGCUUAGUACACAGUGAGAAAUAGUGCAACAACAUGGGAUGUGUCCCUACCUCACCGCUUCAACACACACACACACACACUAAUGUCCAAUAAUCCCUUACCCCUUUAUAAUUUGGGAACAAUAUUCAUAUGGUGCUAUCAAGUAAAGACGGAUGUUUUUUGUAUUGUUAUGGUCACAGUGGUGUGAAGAAUUUAGCCAGGUAUGUUUAGAGUGUUUCAGGUUCAGAUUGAUCGAGUCAUUCGGUCAGUCCGGGUCUCCUCACGUUGAGAGUGUAGAGAAAGAAAAACAGCAACACCCUCCGUCUCUGAGGAAGAAGCAACGAAGCCUUAUCCGCUCGACAGAAGUGGAGAUGGACAAGUCUUCUUUUUUUUUUUAAGAUACCCGAGUCAUGGUUAAAGAUUAACUUUAGGAGGGUGGUGCUAUUUUUUUGGUACACUCUGACGUGGACAUGCACUGUACAUUAAGCAUGGGUUUAGAUGUGUCCGAGCACAGGAAUCAGAGAAAAAAACACGAAGAUGCGACAUUUUCUGUUCAGAUCGUGAAUUUCUUGCAUGAAUGUCUUAGAUUUUGAGGAAACACGUGGUCACUGCAGAGGCUUACAGGUUUGAAGAGUCAGCUUAUUUUGGGUUGCAGUCCCACUAGCUUCCCCCCCUCCCUCGCACUGACCUCUGACCCAAAACCGUGGCCCCCUUUGCACCCAGAGCUCCAGCCAAUCAGAGAUCAGGUUCAACGCAAAUCAGGUCUGACACAACCAAAAAAAAAAAAAAACACAGUUCCUUCUUUACACAGAAGUUCUCACGUGUGGCAUUCAGACUCGGCAGUAGCCUCAUAAUCAAAACUGCAGGUGUCAUACCUUCUUACUGUCUCCAUUUUGUUUUGAUGUCACACUAACCUUCAUAUCUGGUAAAAAUAAAUGAUGUACACUCUACAGUUGAGUCUGCACGCUCCAAAUGAAACUUCACCCAAAAACCCAGAGCCUUAGCCAGGCCCACUCUGUAGGAAGAAUCCAGUCGGUGUCAUUGUAUGGCUACACAUCUACAGCUAUGCAAGGUUACAGACAGAGAGGUUCUGGGCUUGAAUAACCUUUACGAAAAAAAAAAAAAAAACCACAUCACUGUUCUCGUGUAUUCCUUGUAAUUGUAUCGCCUUUUGUCUUUGUUUACUAAUAAGAGGAGAAGAAACCAGGAAGUGUUAAUGUGCAACAAUGCAAACGCGUGAUAUAUCAUGAGUUGACUUUUUACAUAUGUCUGUGAUGAUUUUGGUAAUCUUGCAUAUCCUUUCUAUGGAGUUAAUUUACAUUUUUCUCCAUCGAGUUUGUCUGUUGAUGGGUUGAAAUUGGUCUGGGGCAGAGGGGGGGGGGGGGGGGGGGGGGGGCACUGUAAUGUAUCUUUAGGGAAUAACAAGGAAGGAUGCAAGGAGGUAUGUGCAUCCGAUUGUGAAACGUAAAACCAGAAAGUUAUUUUUUUGUUGUUCUUUGGAUAAACAUGUAAAUGUUCCAGUAUCAGGGUCUGCAAAGCAUAUGAGGCCUGUGGUUAGGCUGUGUGUGUGUGUGCAUGUGUGUGUGAGUGCCUUGUGUCCGUGAUGCUUCAUAUGCUUUUUUUUUUUUUCGCCAAAGUUUUUGCUUGGUCCGGAGCUGUGAAAUUAUCAUUACUCGUCAUGGUUCUGUAGAACUGGAGAGCCAGACGCUAAGCUGUUUCUGAUCUCAGACCAGUUUUGACCAGAUCCGAGUCCAACGACAGCUGAAAUCCGUUCUUUUUGGGGAAAGCGUCAGGAGUGAUUUCAGCGGUUUGACUCAGGUGUGGAUACUAUAAGCACAGGGCAGGGUCGAACUAAACCUUAACGUGGAUGAUGUAUCUAUAAGAUGUACCAUGAGCUUUUAUUUUGUCGGGGCCAUGCUUUUCUACUGUGUUCUUCAGCUUGGAAAAAAAAAAAAAAAAGUAGCUUUUGAGAUUUCGAUGUGCAAAAGUACCUUUUAUUUUCUCGUGGUUGGCAUUUUGAUUGUAAAUACCUUUUUCUGGUAAUCCCCCUCAGUUGGAUCUAUGUUCGAUGAGUUGGUUAGAUGGCUCUUUCAAAAUGUACCGAUAGUAAAUGUUCUUUAUAAAUAUCCAGAAUGUAAGACGGGAGAAGACUGGAAACUGUGUUUUUCGUAGGAGUCCGUGCCAUUGUGUUGUCUCGAGUAUAAGCACACUGGUAUUAGAUCUGUAGGCAGAAUGACGUGUUGGGAGGCGCAACCAAGCUUUGGCUCCCUUUCUCUGGAAGAGCGAUUAGGACGAACGGAUGUAAUAUUUGUCUCUCACAUUCCUGAUAAACACAACAAAUAGUUUGUAAUUGUUCUGCAAAGAGAGACCAUCAAUGAUGAGUGAAGAAGUCAAUUUAUUUAUUCAUUCAGAGUACCAAAAUGUCCAUUUUGACCCCUCUUAUUUUGUGUUAAAAAAAUAAGAAUAUUCACCACUUCCAUAUUUGUAUGCUUUAAAUGAAGCUGAAGCCAGCAGCUGACUCGCUUAGCUUAGCACAAAGACCAGAAGCUAGCUAGCUGUGUUCGAAAGUUUAAAAACGUGGGAAGGAGCCAGCUUGGCUCGUUACAAAGUUGACACUUUGGCCAAGCUAGCUCUUUCCAACAUUUUUAACUUCGGACAAAUCCAGCUCGAUUCCGCUCUCUAUUUCCCCUUACUUCCAGUCAUUAUGCUAAGCUAACCGUCUCCUGGCUCUAGCUUCAUAUUUAGUGUACAUCAAUGAGUGUGGUAUCAA